AUGGAUAAUCGUGGUAAUUAUCGAGAUUCAGAUCGUGAUCGUGAUCGUGAUGGAUCAAAUACUCGACGUAGUGGUACUGAUCGUGGAGGAGAUCGUGAUCGUGACGAACGAGAUCAACGUCGUGAUGCUUCUUCAUCAUCAACUCAACAACAUCGAAGUGAAGAAGAAGAAACGACCUAUUAUCGAUCACAAAUUGCUCCGCGUGCAACAAAUAUUACACAUCGAGUAUUGCCUCCAUCCAGUAAUAUUAUGAUGGAACGUUUCUAUUCCUAUGGUACUGGUUCUGGUGUUCCACUCAAACCAGGUGCUAAAUCAGCUGCUGUUGUGGCAAUUCAGGAAAAUCGUGAACGUGAAAAACGAGAAUUAACUCAUUUAAAUGAUCGUUUUGCUUCAUAUAUUGAACGUGUACGAUAUUUGGAAGCACAAAAUAAAAAACUUCAACUUGAACUUGAACAUCUACGUGGAAAAUGGGGUUCACAAACAAGUAAAGUAAAAGAAAUGUAUGAAGUCGAAAUACGUGAAGCUCGUCAUAUUAUUGAUGAUACAGCAAAAGAUCGUGCUGCAGCUGAACUUCGAGCUAAACGUGCUGAAGAAGAAACAUUAAAAUUUAAAGACAAAUAUGAAACAUUACUAGCUGGAAGAGACUCCGAUCGAGGAAAAAUACAAGUAUUACAAAAACAAUUAGCCGAUAAUGAAGCUGAUCUUAAUCUAUUCCGACGUCGUUUAGCCGAUUUAGAAGAUGAACAAAAACGUUAUCGUGCAGAAUCACAAAAGCUCAUCUUAGAUAUUCAACGUGUAACACAAGAUUUAGAUCAAGAAACAAUAGCACGUGUACAACUUGAAAAUGAAAAACAAAGUCUUGAAGAAGAAAUUAAUUUUUUAAAAGAAAUUCAUGCACAAGAAAUUGAAGAAUUAAAACAAGCUAAUCUUAUUGGUACAGCAUUAGAUCCAGCAAAUUUUUUUAAACAUGAAUUAUCAAAUGCUAUACGAGAUAUACGAGAAGAAUAUGAACAACUUAAUAAUCAACAACGUAAUGAACUUGAAUCAUGGUAUCGUUUAAAAGUUACACAAGCUGUACAAGAAAUUCAAUCUCGUCGUGCUAUUGAAGCACCAGAAAAUAUUCGUGAAAAAGAAGAAGUUAAAAAAUUACGAACAUUAGUUACUGAUUCAAGAAAAGAUAUUACUGCUAUGAGACAAAGAAAUGGAGAAUUAGAAAAUCGUAUUCAAGAAUUAGAAGAACUCGUACAAAUUGAACGACGUGAAGGUAUUCAAGCAGCCAGUGAACGUGAUCGAGAAAUACAAGAAUUACGAGCUCGUCUUGAAGAAUUAGGACGUGAUUAUGAUGAACUUGUUACAACAAAAUCAUCUCUUGAUGCUGAAAUUGCAAUUUAUAGAAAAUUACUUGAAGGAGAAGAAAAUCGACAAGGUUUAAAACAAAUAGUUGCAAAUGUUGAAGAACAAGCUCGAAAAGAUUUUGCUACUGCUGGUGGAGCUACUGGUGGAUUUAGUUCAUCAAGUGCUGGUGGUGGUGGUGGUGGCGGCGGUGGUGGUGCUGGUGUAACAUCAUAUUCUUAUUCACGUUCUUAUCGAACAACAAGUGGCGGUCAAGAAUCAGAAGAUCGAUCAUCAACUGAACGAGAUACUAGUGGAACUCGUCGUGGUCGUGAACAUACACCAUCAGGUGGUGAUAAUCGUAAUCAAGAUGAAUUUUACCGUUCCGGUGGAGGAACAAGUUCAUCAUAUGAACGUCAUUCAACACCAACAUCAUCAACAUCUGUUGAUAAUAUUCGUGGUAAUAUUGAUCGUUAUCCACCAACAAUUCAUGAAGAAACUAGUCGAAUUGGUAGUAGUACUGUUAAACGGCUUCGAGAUCAAGGUGAAUCUACUGAUCGUGGUUCUGGUGGUCGAGGUACAGGUAUAGAAGGUGAUGAUUCAUCAUUAGAAGAUCCAAAUGAACGACGUGAUCGUUUACAAUCAACACGUAAAGAUGAAGGUUAUGGUCAAAUUCGUUGUGGUUUUCGUUAUGAUCGUGCACGUGGUAAACUUAUUGUUCGUAUAUAUGAAGCACGUGAUUUAAUUAAUACGGAUAAGAAUAGUCUUUCAGAUCCGUAUGUACGUUUAUUAUUAUUACCUGAUAAACGAAAACGAACCAAACGACGUACAAAAGUUAUGAAAGAUACAUUAGUACCUGUUUUUGAUGAAACAUUUGAAUAUGAUAUGACAUAUGAAGAAGCAAAAUUAAAAACAUUAGAUCUUGUUGUUAAAAAUGAUCGUUCACUUUUUUCAACAGAAAAAGUUUUUAUGGGUCAAUCAUUAAUUACAUUAGCUAAUUAUAAUAUUGAUGAUGGAAAUUUAAUUGAUGAUUGGUUUACACUUGAACCUGAAGGAGCAUUGGCUUUACGACUUAAAGCACUUGAUGCAUAA